AUGACUACUUAUGAGUUCCUGACUAGGCAACGUCAGAAAAAUCAGUCUUGUGGGGACACUGGACUCUAUUUAGCUGGUUCAGGGAGUCCAAAUGAUCUUGAAUCGCAUCACCAAUCCUGCAGCUUCCAUACCUUCUCUAUACCCCCUGGUUCCGGCUUGGCUUCAGUCUUCGAAACUCGAGGGUCCUCUCUUCAAGCUGGCAUUGUAGGGUUAAGGGAUAAGAAGAUAAAAAAAGUAACUGAAAAUUCAAAUUUUUCGCCAUCACAAUCAUCACCUUUUCCGAUUUCGCUACCAAGUCAGGCCGUAACGUCACCAAGGCCCAGAGAAACCCCUAAUGCAGGAGCUAUUUAUCACUCAUCUCAAAUGGACAUUAGCAGCAAGCCACAUUGCUUGCCUGCCCUUCGUACGGAAGACCUUUCCGGAAUCCAUGGUAGCACAGAAGCAAGGGCGCCAGUGGAACGCGAACUAAUACCUGCUGGUAGUGAGUCCUCCUCAUCGGCCCUGAGGCCAAACCUUAAUGGUUUCAAUCCGCCUGUAAACUAUAUCUUGCCAGGCUUGCAGCCCAUUUCUAAAUCGGCAAAUGAGGUGACAUCUGCGGGUCUCGAAAAUUUACGCUUCGUUAGCCUUCAACAUUCGCCCAGUUUUGGCAGUAACCAGGGCGUAACUUCUGAAAAAGGUGGGCUGCUAAUCACCUUAAUAUAG